AACGGACCGUAAAGCGGAGUCGCCGCCGAGCUGGAGUGUGAGGUUUGUUAUCCUGUAAAGUGCGUCUGAAUAUUAAAGUGUAAAGAUGGUAGAUAAAUUUGUGGGAACAUGGAAGAUGGUUUCCAGCGAGAAUUUUGACGAAUACAUGAAGGCACUGGGUGUGGGCUUUGCCACACGCCAGGUAGGAAACAGGACCAAGCCCAACUUCAUCUUGUGCGUCGACGACCAAGGACUAAUAUGCAUGAAAUCACAGAGCACUUUCAAAACGACUGAGGUCAAAUUUAAGCUGAACGAGGCAUUCCAGGAGACCACUGCUGACGACAGAAAGACCACGACCGUUGUAAGCCUUGAGAACGGCAAACUGGUGCAAAAACAGACCUGGGAUGGCAAAGAGACCACACUAGAGAGAGAAGUGACUGACGGAAAAUUAAUAGCGACAUGCAAGAUGGGUGACGUGGUGGCGGUGAGGACGUAUGUUAAAGAAGCAUGAAUAAAUGAUCCAGGCUUGAUUUUUGAAGAUGUCUGGCUCAGUUCAAUGAGCAGUCAUUUAAUUUUUUAUUUUUUUUUGAAUUCAGUUGACACCAAACCUGAUGCAUGCAGUCUAUUUUAAGAUGCAUUGAGAUUAAUCUUUGUGGUGGUUUGAAUAAAAGUUGAUCAUAUCUGCCUUUAAUAA